AUGCCUCCCAAAAGAAAGGUCCCGUCACUCGGUCUCGAGCGCCGGGUGCGACCCAGACGAGAAGACCAAUGGGAACCUGAACCCGAGCCCGAGUCGCAGGAUGACUCUUCAGACGACGAUGCUCCCGCCGAGGAGGGCAUUGGCAGCUCUGAGAGCGAGGACGAUGACCAGGAAUCACAGGGCGAAUCCGACGAUGAAUCAGAGUCCGAGCAAGACUCAACACCAAAAGUCGACUUAUCAUCAGUCUCCUUCGGCGCCCUAGCCCGAGCACAAGCCUCCCUCCCCAGCGCAGGACGAAAAUCCAAAACCCAACAAAACAACAGCCAAACCGAGCACCAACCCCCCAGCUCCUUCAAAAAAGACUCCUCAAAAUCAUCCAAGUCCGCACCACCCCCCAAACGCUCCUCCAAACACGCACCCCUCGAACAAACCUCCAAACGCCCCGUCACACGCAUGCGCGAAAUCAUCCCCGACACCCGCCGCAAAGCGCGCGACCCGCGCUUCGACCCCUCCGUGAACCGGAUCGGCAAGCUGGACGAAGCCAAGGCCCGCAAGGCGUACGCCUUCCUCGACGACUACCGGGACAGCGAGAUGGCGGACCUGCGCGCGCAGAUCAAGAAGACGAGGGACCAGCAUGCGAAGGAGACGCUGAAGAGGCAGCUCAUGAGCAUGGAGUCGAGGAAGAAGGCGCGUGCGAAGAGGGACGAGGAGGACACGCUGCUGGCGGAGCAUAGGAGGAAGGAGAAGGAGAUGGUGGCGCAGGGCAAGACGCCGUUUUACUUGAAGAGGAGUGAGCAGAAGAAGCAGGUGUUGAUGAGGAGGUACGAGGGGAUGAGUAAGGGGCAGGUGGAUAGGGCGAUUGAGAGGAAGAGGAAGAAGGUUUGA